AUGACUCAGUUUACUGUUAGAUCAAAAAAUUUAAUCAAAAACGCUUUCUUUGAAAAAGGUAUUGAAUCAAGAAAAGUUAAUUAUCUUCAAGCAUUUACUACUAAAGAACUUCCAUUUGAAAGAAGAGGAUAUUUUACACUUCCAGGAAUUUCUCAAAAAAGUAUUCAAGGGAUUGUGUCGAGAAUAGAAGAUAUGACAACAAUUGCACUUAGUGUAGAACAUAUUGAUGGAGAAGAACAUGUUCUUGAACAAGCGUUAGAAAAGAUUUUUAGUGAAUAUAAAGAAAAAUGUGUUUUUAUGAUUAAAUAUUCAUUAGAAUUAAGACAAUGGAAAGAAAUGAAAAAUAACAAUGGAGUAUUGAUUUGUUCUGAUGGAACGAUUGGAAUUAAUAGUGACAUUGAUAUUAUUGUUAAUGAAGCUAAAAGUCUUUGUGGAGAAAAGUUGUUCAGAGACGAUGAAAUUGUUGAAGAAGUACCAAUUGAAGAGUUCCAACAGCUUGAGAAAAGAAAGAAGGAAGAAGCACAAACAACACAACAAGAAGUUGAAGAAAAAAAACAAGAGAAUAUAAAUUGA